GCCAGGAGGUGGAUUGGCUGCUGCGCCCGGCCGAGUUUAUAAAUACCGCGGUAGACGCCACCGGGGCGCUCACCGCUCUGGACUACUGGAUUCGCUGGAGUGUUCGGAGAUGCGGCGCGCCAGCCGAGACUAUUCCAAGUACUUGCGCGGCGCCGAAGAGCUGGGCGCCAGCGCUGCCCACGAGUGCGCCCCGCCGCCUCUGCCACUGCAGGCACAAGGCGGGGCGCCCGUCCAGUCCCACUCCCCGCCUGCCUCCAGAUCCCUUCUGGCCGCGCUGGUGCUCCUGGGCUUGGUCCAGGUGAUCUGCAGCGUUGCCUUGUUCCUCUACUUCAGAGCGCAGAUGGACUCUAACAGAAUUUCAGAAGAAGACACACAUUGUUUGAGAACCUUUCUGAGACUUCAGGGGAACACAGACCUGCAGGAAACCUCCUUGACAAACCAAGAAACAAAGCUCAUGUCUGAAUCAUGCAGAAGGAUGAAGCAGGCAUUCCAAGGAGCAAUGCAGAAGGAAGUCCAACGUAUUAUUAUUGGGAAGGAUCAGUCAAGGUUAGAGAAAUCUAUAAUGGAAGCAUCGUGGUUAGAUUUACCCAAGAAAAACAAACAUGACAAAGCACCGUUUGCCCAUCUCAUAAUUGAUGGCAACAAAAUUCCAGCUGGCACCAGUAAAGUGAACCUUACAUCUUGGCAUCAUGACAAAGGCUGGGCAAACAUACUGAAUAUGACUUUCAGUGAUGGAAAAUUAAUAGCCAACCAUGAUGGCUUUUAUUAUUUAUAUGCCAAUGUAUGCUUUAGACAUCAUGAAACACUGGGAAACCUCACUGGACAAAUGCUGCAGUUGAUGGUGUAUGUGACAAAAAUGGACAUUAGAAGGAGAAACUCUGUAGUCCUGAUGAAGGGAGGAAGUACAAAGAAUUGGUCAGGAGACUCAGAAUUUCAUUUUUAUUCUGUAAAUGUAGGAGGGUUUUUCAAAUUGAAAGCUGGUGAAAUAGUAAGUAUCCAGGUAUCAUACCCCUCAUUAUUGGAUCGCUCUCCAGAAGGAACUUACUUUGGGGCCUUUAAAGUAAGGGAUAUUGAUUGAGCUUUGCUAGAGAAUUUUCAAAGGAAAAUAUCAUAUUCAUUCAACUGGACCAGAUUACGGAAGAUGUGAUGGAACAGCUUUUAGGAUCCAGUUGUACAGGAAUUAUCAUUUCUCCUGGACCAGGGGUAGCCGAUGUGGUGUUCUCCAGAUGUUCUUGGACCGUAUCUCCCAUAACCACUGGCCAUUGAACAUGUUGACUAGGAUUUGAUGGGGGCUGUAGUCCAAGAAUGUCUGGAGGACACCACAUUGGCUACCCCUGUCCUAGACAGCCUUACCCACAGCUCAAGUGCACUUCAACUCAUAGUGUUAGGAUUGUUGACUUUCAGUGCUUAAUUCAAAAUGUUUGUGGUGAUCUGGCUUGUAAAUUUGGGAUAUCAUGUGGAUAUAAAUUGGCAUCCAGUUCAAACUGGCAUCUAAACUGUUGUUUUUAGAUGUACUUGAAAAUCCAAGCACACUUUUUGUGCUGCAUAGGAAAUAAAAGACAGAAUCCAGUCUAAGUUAGUUGUAUAGAAGCCCCAAAGAAAUUGAUACGACAGGUUAAGUCCCACUGAUUUUUUUGGGAACUAAAUGCAACUAACUUACAAAAUCAUCCUAUACAUAUCAACUCGGAAUUAAGUCCCACUGUGUUCAGUGGUGUUUACUCCCAGGAACGUAUCUAUAGGGUUACAGCUUUAGUCUUGAUUCAACCCAUAGUGUAUUUUUCCAAUAGCAUUUUUGCUCCAGUUUUGAUGGAAGAUUUAUAAUUGUGAAUUCUUAAAUUUUCUUUUGUAUGUUAUUCUGCAAAGCAACCUGUGCACUAAUGGCACUUUUUAAUAAACAUUUGUAAUUUUUCUGGCAACCAAAACAUUUGAAAAACAAAUCCUUCCUAGCUCAAUUUAAAAGUCACUAUAUAACUGGAUUCAGGGGAAAUGUUAGAAUCUUUAAUUAAAAAUGGAAUUGUCACUUCUCCUUUUUUAUGUUUUCCAGAUGAUGAAAAUAUCUAUUUUUCCUGUUCUUCUGCAGGCAGAAUUGCAUCUUGUGUGUAUUGUAUUUUAUACCUAUGUCCCUUCAUUUGUUUUCUUUGUGCCCACCCCCAUGGCCAAGGGAUAUGCAGGAUCAAAGGUCUGGUGUUGUACAUUUUUGAAUUUCUGGUACUGAAUUUGUAUUUGCCUUGCAUAUAAUGCAUUCCUACUAACUACAAUAUGAGGGUGCUUUUCCUGUUGUGAUGGAAGGUCAGCAAUGAGAAAAGGGCAAAUCUAUUGCUUUUGACACUGCUUGUGUAGGUUAAUUCUUGGCAUGACAAUGUAGUGAUUAAUGGGGGCUGUUUCACAUAUGUUUUGUUUGUUAUAUACAUCUAAGAUUUUUUUAAAAGUGUACACCUAAAUGUAUUGGGUUGGAUCCAGACUUAAGUUACUUAACCUUUGGCCUUAUUGCAAUCAGUGGAACAUGUUAAUAACUUCAUAACUUCAUUCCUAUUGUUUUCAGUAGGAAAUAAGUCCAACUAAUUUAGUCUGGAUCUAACCCAUGAGGUUUAGAAACACAUUUGUCAUACAGAUAUGCUCAUCAAAGAUCCGGGACUGUCAAUAUGUGUACACUUGGUCACAGCCUGUGUUUGCUACCAUGAAAUGUGCACAAACACCUAGACAGCAAUCAGUGCAAUAAUCAAUGGCUUUCCAGAAACAACCUGGGUUUAGCAUCCUUGCUGUUCAGUGGUAUAAUAGCAGAUAGAAAAAAUGUUCUCACAUUUAUAAACCUGGAGCGUUAAGAGGUGCUAAUAAAAUGUAGUUAGGUGUGAAGUAGUUUUGAUUGUCCCAUAUAAUUAGUAAUCUUUAAGGUAUGAAACGUUUUCAUUAGUCUUUCAAAAUGAAUUCAGCAUGUGUGUGUUUUUAUACUUAAUUUUUUUAUAUUUAAACUCAUAUAGGAGCUAUAAUAGAGGUAGGAAACUAGUUUGAAUGGUAGAACCAUUCUUUCCUCCUUUUCUGAGCCUUCAGGCCUCCUUAUAUGUUACAACUUCCCAGUAAUUUUACAUGCUUUCAGUGAUAAGCACUUUCCCUUUUAUGUACCUCCAUGUUUCAUGUAGUGCUUGCUACAGAAAGUAUGCAGAAUUACUAAACAUCUGAAUAAUGUGUGCCUGGUUUAGAUCAGCGGUUCACAAACUGUGGUCCAUGGACCACCAGUGGUCUGUGAGCUUUAUUCACAGGGUCUGCAGUAUGCUCAUAUUAAAAAUUCAUGUUGAUUUUUAAUUGCAUUUUUAUUGCUUCUUUGAUUCUUAUAUUGUAUUACCAUGUGAAUUCUAUAUAAUGCACAUUGUAAUACAGUAAAAUAUGAUAUAAGAAAGAAGUAAUAAAAAUACAAUUAAAAAUCACACAGCAUUUAGCACAGCACAUUACUAUUGCUGCAACAGGUGGAAAAAUCAUUCAGUGGUCCGCCAAGAUCACCAGCAAUUUUUAAAUGGUUCAUGGGGGGCAAAGUUUGGGAGCCACUGAUGUAACAAUAAACCAAGCCUCAGGCUUAUACACUCCCCACAUGUCGUUGAUGUACAAGGGAAGGAGAUUUAAAGCUUGAAUUCUUGGAUUAGAAGACAAUGAAGUCUAAACAUGGCAAAUGGUGGUUUGUGCAACCCAGAGUUAUACAAGCUAGGAUAGCUGACCAGGAGUUAACAAACUGGCAUUUUCUGAGUUCAGAUGGAAUAGCAAAUAGCAGUUACUUCUAAACCUGGAGCAGAAGCUUUAAAUCUCAUUCCCUCACAUGCAAAGACAGGAGGUGAGUAUGCAAACCCAAGGCUUGUGCUGGCUUACACUUGCUAUGUCUGAACCAGGUCAAUGAAUCAGACUUUUGGUCCACCUACUCCAGUAUUCUUUACUCUGCUAGUCAGUGGCUCUCCAGAGUUUUGGGCACAAAUAUAGUUUUCAUUCUACUACCCGAGGAACUUUUAACUGGAGAUGUUAGCAACUGAACCAGUGCUGAGCUGUGGUCCCUUUGCUGUUACCAUGCCUCUGGUAUGCACAAUAUAUCUCUAGUUUAGUAAUUGUCACCAGUUUAGAAUCAUCUUCUUGGUCAUUACUUGAUAAAAUCAUUUGAGGAUGGCCUCUUCUGUUAAGCUGUUUAUUAAGUCCUUCUCUUGAUUCUCUGCUUGCGCACUUGGUUUGCCACUGUAUAAGAGAAGUUGCAACUCCCAUGUAUUAAGCUUUGAGCCUUUUAAUUUGAAAGGCAAAUGCUGUCAGUGAAAUCUUAGCAUCAUGCCAGAGCUUGCAAAUACAUAGUUUCCAAAAAAAGGCAAAAUGGGUAUUUUUAUAUUCUGUAAUAUCAAGUUAUAUUUCAGAUGUAAUUUUUAUUUGAAAAAAAUUGUAAUUUAUAUUUGUCCUAAAGUAUUUGAUAGAAAAUAUUUAAAAACUUACUGUAUGUGUAUUUAAUGUUUGAAAAUAGUUUGUACAGACAUGGAUAACUGGUGCACUUUGUUAAUCCCAUUGGGAAAAACUGCAGCUAAUAUGAUCAUUUGCUACUAGCAAAUGUGAUAUAUUUCUUUGUUUUAUUAAUUUAAUAGCUUUUGUUUUAUUUUCAGUGUUAUUGACAAGUCAAGGGUCAUACAUCAUAAGGUGACAACUGUUGAUAAUUUAGGUGCCUUUCAUUUCUCCAGAAAUCAUUUGUUCUAGCGAAGUUGUUCCAAAGUUGUGUAGAAACUCUAGAGGAAACAAAGUUGUUGUUUUUCAGGGAAGGAAUGGGGCAAUGGAAGCAAUAAGUAUAUUCAAGAUUGUGCCUUCUGAUGGGCAUUAAUAUAACGUUGCUAGAAAAACAUGAAUGAGUAUGCAACAAACAAAGAGAUUUGUUAAGAGUAUUUAUAUAAUUAUUCAACAGACAAUUGAUCAUACUACAAAUGCUGCAAAAAUGUAAAUGCUGUUUUAGAUUUUUGCAAAAUUGACUUUUUGUAAUAAAUAUUUAGAGGCCCAUGUUACAGUUAUUUUAUAUUGUACAAU